AUGGCCAUGGCGACCUCCACCUUCUCCCCGCGCCCCGCCACCCUCAACAAGCCCCUGCGGGCGGGCAUCCAGCUCCACCUCAUCCCCUUCCCGCACCUCCGCGCCGGCCGCCUCGUCUGCGCCACCGCCGCCGGGGAGGCGCCGCCCGUCGAGGUCGAGCAGCGGGACGAGGCGGAGCCGGCCCCCGCCGCGGCCUCCAACGGGGCCGCCGUCAAGGCCGAGGCGCCCGCCGCGAAAACCGAGCCCCCGCCGGCGCCCGCGCCGGUCCCGGCCUUCCGCGACGACAGGUGGGUCAACGGCACCUGGGACCUCACCAAGUUCGACAAGGGCGGCGUCGUCGACUGGGACGCCGUCAUCGACGCCGAGGCAAGGAGGAGGAAAUGGCUUGAAGAUUAUCCAGAGGCGACUAACACAGAUGAGGCUGUCGUCUUCGACACUUCAAUUAUUCCAUGGUGGGCAUGGAUGAAGCGAUUCCACCUUCCUGAAGCCGAGAAGCUAAAUGGUCGCGCCGCCAUGGUUGGCUUCUUCAUGGCAUACUUUGUGGAUAGCUUGACGGGCGUGGGCCUUGUCGACCAAAUGGGCAACUUCUUCUGCAAAACGCUGCUGUUUGUUGCUGUCGCUGGUGUAUUGCUAAUCAGGAAAAAUGAGGACAUCGAAUCACUGAAGAAGCUUAUCGAUGAGACUACGUUCUAUGACAAGCAAUGGCAGGCAACCUGGCAAGAUGAUUCCACUGCGGGGCCAAAGAAUUAG